AUGCAGAGCGAGAUUGAGGUUGAGCUCUCUAUGUCAAUCUUUAUCCUGGCUUACACCGUCGGUCCGCUAUUCUUCGGUCGUGCCUCUGAGGUUUACUGUCGCGUACGCUUGUUGCAGAUUAGCAAUCUAUGGUAUCUGGCGUGGAACCUUGGAUGUGGCUUCGCCCAGAGCCUGGCGGGGCUGUUUGUGCUCCUGUUUCUGGCUGGAAUUGGAGGAAGUGCCCCCGCGGUGUUGGGAGGAGGAGCUAUUAGAGGAACGUGGAAAUUCUACACCCUUGCACCGGUUCUUGGCCCCAUAGUUGGGCCCAUUGCUGGAGGCUUCAUUGCCGAGUACUCGACAUGGUGCUGGGUGUUCUGGUCAUCUAGUGCCGCCGCUGCAGUUAUCCAGAUCUCGGCUUGUUUUGGCUGCGCGAGUCGCAUCCCGCUUCACACAGGAAACAAGCCUGGGGAUGGGAACCUCCUCAGCAAACUCGGCCACGCCCUGGUGCGACCGUUCCGUAUAUUCACGACCCAGCCGAUCAUCACAGUCAUUGCGCUAUACAUGGGCUAUCUCUUCGGGACGACAUAUUUCAUGUUGGCCACAUUCCCAGUGAUUUGGUCGAAGUUGUACAGUGAGACCCCAGGUAUUGGCGGGCUCAAUUACGUUUCCAUCGCUAUCGGUUCGUUCAGGGGCAUCGCCCUUAACUUCUUCGUUAUCGAUCGCAUCUACCACAAUUUAAAAGGGAAAAACGGUGACGUUGGACGGCCGGAGUUCCGCAUGCCGACGAUGUUUAUUGGAUCGAUCUUGAUCACCAUUGGACUUUUCUGGUACGGCUGGAGCGUGCAGGUCCGAUGUUUACAGGGGAUGCAGACCUACACGGUAGACAGUUACCCGACAUACGCAGCAAGUGCCAUGGCAACCUGUGCACUUCUGCGCAGUUUGGCCGGCUUUCCCUUUCCGCUCUUCGCUCCAUAUCUGUGUAAGAAUCUGGGCUCUUAUGCUCUGUGUCGCAGAUAA